AUGACAAAAUUUCUGCUGUUUUGUGCAUUUCUAGUGCUACAAGUAUGUAAUAGUUAUAAAAUUCUAGUCUACUCGAAUUUACUUGGUCACAGUCAUGUGAAAAUGCUAGGAAGUGUUGCUGAUGUUUUGACUGAUGCUGGACAUAAUGUGGUAAGAGCGCUGGUUAUUUAUUGACAAUUUUAAAUGGGAAAAAAUGUGGCCGAAUGGUCUAGUGGUAUGAUUCUCGCUUUGGGUGCGAGAGGUCCCGGGUUCAAUCCCCGGUUCGGCCCAUCCUUUUUUUCCUUUUUUUAUUUGUUCAUCUUUUAUUUUUCCCCAUUCCAGACAAUUUUGAUGCCAAUUAUCGACACUGCUGAACGUGGAAAGUAUGGAACAAAAUCAACCAAGCAAUUCAUUUUCGUUGAGCCAGAUGAGAGUAUCGCAAACUUCGCUGAGAGACGGAAAGAGUUUCAGAAAAAUAUGUGGAAGGAAGAUACGAAAAACCCAUUGGUAAUGAUCUCAAAAGCAAAACAAAUGGCUGAAAUGUUCGCGGGACAAUGUCACAGUAAGUUAUAGCUAGACUCUGAAGUCAUCAAGACCAUUUUUCAGAGGUUCUAUCAUCAACCGAGCUUCUCGAACAAAUCAAAGCUGAAAAUUAUGAUUUGGCACUCACUGAACCAUUCGAUCUUUGUGCUUAUGCUUUAUUCGAAGCUGUGAAUAUUCGAGCACAUGUUGCUGUGUUAGCUGCAAGUCGAUUUGAACAUGUUAGCUCGGUUUUAGGACAACCUAUGGCUUCGAGUUAUGUUCCUGGAGUAAUGUCAGGGUUUAGUGAGAAAAUGACGAUGAAGGAAAGGUUUAUUAAUACACUUCAAGCAUUUGGAGGUAAGCUUCACAAGAAUUUUUUUUAUUUUAAUUAUUUUUCUACAUAGGAGGAUAUUUCUUCUCUUAUAUUGGAGAUUAUGAAUUUGAAAAAGUCAAGGAUGUUGCAAAAAUCAAUCGAUCUUGGCGGGAAGUUUUACCAGAAGCCUCAUAUGUUUUCACAAAUCAGAUUCCAAUUUUGGAUUUCCCAGCUCCAACUUUUGACAAAAUUAUUCCCAUUGGUGGAAUUUCUGUGAACACAAAACGAGGGGAAAUGAAGCUUCCAGAAAAAUGGGAUAAGAUUUUGAAUAUUCGCAAGAAAAAUGUUUUUAUUUCUUUUGGAUCAAAUGCAAGAAGUAUGCAUAUGCCAGAGGAAUAUAAGUGAGUUAUUGAAAGUCUAAAAUUUCAGAAAAAUCUUUAAUUUCAGAAAAUCCUUGCUUCAAGUCUUUUCUUCAAUGCCAGAUGUGACUUUUAUUUGGAAAUAUGAAGAUGAAAAUGAUAAAUUGGCUGAUCAUUUGAAGAAUGUUUAUCUAGGAUCAUGGCUUCCACAAAAUGAACUUCUAGGUAACCCAGAAUCCCGAUAAACAUUUUCAAAAUCAAUAUUUUCAGCUGAUCCAAGAUUGAAUGUUUUUGUAACACAUGGAGGUUUGGCAAGCACUUGGGAAUUAUCACUUUUGGGAAAACCUUGUGUUAUGAUUCCACUUUUUGCGGAUCAAAAUCGAAAUGCAGCAAUGCUCCAAAGACAUGGAGGAGUUGAAGUUUUGAACAAAGACAAUCUAGACAAUCCAGAUCUCCUUCAAAAAACAAUCAAAAAAGUGUUGAAUAAUCCAAAUUAUAAAAAGAAUGCUGAAAAUUUGGCUGAAAAAUUGAAUAAUCUUCCAACAAAUCCACGUGAAGUUCUAGUAAAACAUGUUGAAUUUGCAGCAAAAUUUGGAAAAUUGCCAAGUUUAGAUAAUUAUGGAAGACAUUUAUCAAUUAUUCAAUAUUAUCUUAUUGAUAUUUUUGCUAUUAUUUUUGGGAUUUUAUUGAUUGUUUUGUAUAUUUUUUAUAGAAUUUUUAGAUUUGUUUUGGGCAAAUUUUUCUGUAAAAAUUCCAAUUCCAAAGCAAAAAAUGACUAGGAAAAGGUUUUCAAUAAAUAUAUUUUUGUUUAUGUAAUCUCGAGCGCCCUUGGCGCGAGUGUAAACCGCAAGCUUCCGCGAAGCGGCACUGUCUUCCGCGUAGCGGCCACGCCCAAGCCUUUUAGCCUACCUCGAGCGCCCUUCGCGCGAGUGUAGACUGCAAGCUUCCGCGAAGCGGCACUAUUUUCCGCGUAGCGGCCGGACUUAAGCCUGAAAGCCUAUCUCGAGCGCCCUUGGCGCGAGUGUAGACCGCAAGCUUCCGCGAAGCGGCCACGUCUAAGCCUGAAAUUGAACCGCAAGCUUCCGCGAGACUUCAAUAAUGUCCAAAUUCAAUUUUUCCCCCCAAUUCCAGACAAUUUUGAUGCCAAUUAUUGAUACUGGAGAACGUGGAAAGCAUGGCACAAAAUCAACGAAGCAAUUCAUUUUUGUUGAGCCGGAUGAGAGUAUUUCAGAUUUUGCGGAGCAAUUUAAAGAUUUCCAGAAGAAUAUGUGGAAGGAAGAUAGCACAAAUCCAUUGACAAUAAUUUCCAGAGCUGGGCAAAUGGCUAGUACUUUAGGUGGACAAUGUAAAAGUGAGUUUUUAUUUAAAAAAAAAAAAAAAAAAAAUUCAGAAGUUCUAUCAUCCACGGAGCUUCUGGAACAAAUCAAAGCUGUAAAUUAUGACGUGGCAAUUGCUGAGCCAUUUGACAUGUGUGCUUAUGCAUUUUCGAAGCUGUGA